ACAUGUUGAUGUAUGAACACGUGGCUCGUGGCAUGGUUGCUAGGAUGUAUUUGUUUGGAUAAUUCACCAACAUACUGGGUAAUGCCUAGUCGUGCUCAACCAAUUAAUUUUCAUUUCUUUUAGAGCCAUUUAGUGAACCAGUCGCAAAAUGUUCAGGUUGCCAAAAUUUAUUUGUUUUUCAUUUUGCGGUAUACACUGGUAUACAUUUUCGGUGGUAUUGUUUUAUCUAACUACGCUCAACAGUCCUGUCCGAGCCCAAACAACGCAAAACAUUAACGUUCUAUUUGUAAAUGAAGUUGGUAAUGAUUUGGCCCAAGUGGCAGUUGAUGUCGCAUUGAACUACAUAAGAAAGAACCCAAGUCUCGGACUGUCCGUUGAGCUUCUAUCGGUCGAAGGAAAUCGCACUGACAGUAAAGGUCUAUUGGAAUCGUUGUGCUCGAAGUAUUCCGAAGCGCUUAGCUCCAACCGACCGCCCCAUGUCAUAUUCGAUACAACUCUGACGGGUGUAUCUUCGGAAACGGUGAAAUCCAUUAGUGCUGCCCUGGGAAUUCCCACGGUUUCUGCAUCCACUGGUCAGGAAGGGGACUUGAGACAAUGGCGAUCACUGUCCACCGUGAAGAGCAACUAUUUGUUGCAGGUUAUGCCUCCGACGGAUAUCAUUCCGGAAGUUAUUCGAGCCAUCGUCACCUACAUGAAUAUCACGAAUGCUGCCAUACUAUACGACGAGUCUUUCGUUAUGGAUCACAAGUACAAGGCGUUGCUUCAGAAUUUUCCUACUCGGCAUGUGAUCACAGCGAUUGGAAACGAUCGGGACAGAGCGGAGCAGAUCGAGAAGCUUCGUAAUUUGGACAUCAACAACUUUUUCAUAUUGGGAUCAUUCGCUUCGAUUAAAAAAGUUCUCGAAUCUGCCAAAAGGGAAUUUUUCGAAAGGAACUUUGCGUGGCAUGCCAUAACCCAGUACCAAGGAGAGUUGUCCAGCAAUAUUGAUAACGCAACGAUCAUGUUACUUAGGCCUGUCUCGGACAGUAAAAGCAAAGAUCGACUGGGAGUUAUCAGGACGACCUAUAACAUGAAACAGGAACCGCAAAUUACUACUGUAUUUUACUUCGAUUUGGCGCUUCGUACUUUUCUUGCCAUCAAGAACAUCCUGCAAGUUGGCGCUUGGCCUCCGAAUAUGAAAUAUCUUACGUGCGACGAGUACGACGGAACCAAUUCGCCAAAUCAUACUAUAGAUUUGAAAUCGGCCUUUAUAGAGGUCACCGAGCCGACGACCUAUGGGCCGUUUGAGUUUCCGAAAGGUAAAACACCAUUCAAUGGGCACAGCUUCAUGAAGUUUGAUAUGGACAUCAGUGCUGUCACUAUUCGGGGUGGAGCUUCCGUUAGCACAAAGAACCUAGGCAAAUGGGAGGCCAGUUUGGACAACCUGUUAUAUGUGACUAGUGAGGACGACAUGAAGAAUUUGACGGCGGACAUUGUAUAUCGUGUGUAUACUGUUGUGCAAGAACCAUUCAUAAUCCGAGAUCCUACGGCUCCCAAAGGUUUCAAAGGGUACUGUAUCGACUUGUUGGAUGAAAUCGCAAAAAUAGUCAAAUUCGAUUACGAAAUCAAGGAAGUCGAGGACGGCAAGUUUGGUAACAUGAACGAAAAAGGCGAAUGGAACGGUAUCGUGCGUAAACUCAUCGACAAACAGGCCGACAUCGGUUUGGGAUCGAUGUCUGUGAUGGCCGAGCGGGAAACUGUCAUUGAUUUCACCGUUCCGUACUACGAUUUGGUUGGAAUUUCCAUUAUGAUGUUGCUGCCAAGUACGCCGAGCUCGCUGUUCAAAUUUUUGACCGUGCUGGAGACGAACGUGUGGCUUUGCAUUCUUGCUGCGUAUUUUUUCACCAGUUUCCUUAUGUGGAUCUUCGAUCGGUACAGUCCUUACAGUUACCAGAACAAUCGUGAAAAGUACAAAAACGAUGACGAAAAGCGAGAAUUCAACAUCAAGGAAUGUUUGUGGUUUUGUAUGACGUCGUUGACGCCGCAAGGAGGUGGUGAAGCUCCGAAAAAUUUGUCCGGACGGCUUGUAGCAGCUACGUGGUGGUUGUUUGGAUUCAUCAUCAUUGCAUCGUACACUGCUAAUUUGGCUGCUUUCCUGACCGUAUCGCGAUUGGACACUCCCGUGGAAUCGUUGGACGAUCUCUCGAAGCAGUACAAAAUAUUGUACGCACCACUAAACGGAUCCUCGGCCAUGACUUAUUUCCAGCGGAUGGCGGAUAUUGAAGCCCGUUUUUAUGAAAUUUGGAAAGAGAUGUCCCUUAAUGACUCACUGACACCCGUGGAACGCUCGAAGCUGGCGGUUUGGGACUAUCCCGUCAGUGAUAAGUAUACGAAAAUGUGGCAAGCAAUGCAAGAAGCAGGUCUGCCAAACAGUCUGGAUGAAGCUGUCGAACGUAUAAGAAACUCAACGUCGGCGUCUGGAUUCGCGUUUCUUGGCGAUGCAACCGAUAUACGAUACAAAGUGCUCACAAACUGCGAUCUGCAGAUGGUGGGGGAAGAGUUCUCCCGCAAACCGUACGCCAUUGCCGUUCAACAAGGAUCCCCGUUAAAAGAUCAGUUCAACAAUGCAAUCCUCAUGUUGCUCAACAAGCGACAGCUUGAAAAACUAAAGGAACAAUGGUGGAAGAAUGAUGACAUUCAAAGCAAGUGUGAAAAACCGGACGAUCAGUCCGAUGGUAUUUCGAUCCAGAACAUUGGCGGUGUCUUCAUUGUGAUCUUCGUCGGCAUUGGAAUGGCUUGCAUUACGUUGGUGUUCGAAUUCUGGUACUACAAGUAUCGCAAGAAUGUUAAGAUCAUCGAUGUUGCCGAGGCGACGGAAGAUAAACUAGGCCAGAAAACGUCCAAUUUGAGGUUGCCAAAUCUGAAGAAUGAAUUCGGUGCCAUGGGUCAAAUCAAGGAUGAUAACCAAAAAACGCAAUCCCUACGGACUCGAACACAAACGUUAGACGCCAACAAUUUCAAAUCUCGAUUUUAAGAUGUAGAAUUUUUAUACAUAGGAGUAGUAACGUGUUGUUUGCGCUCAAUCGAUAAAGAAGAAAAAUGUAUCAAUGGUGAACAUUUUUAUCUUUAUCGCUACAAAAACCCAAACCAAUUUUUCAAUUUUUCCAGUUUUUCCCAGAUGUUGUCGCAAAUUUUAAGAAGUGCGAAAAAUUGGCUAAAUAAGUCUGCUUUUAUCGAGUUGUAUCCUACUCGAGAAAGGCGACACAUCAGAAAGAAAGGAAUACAGAUAUCUUCUCUACAAUACACUUUUUUUUUAGUAGAAUUGAUAUCUUAGCUUAAUUUCUUUCUUUCUGCAAAUUAAUUGUAAUUUGAUAAUCGCGUGAACUUUUGUUGAAUCUACAUUGCAUCCUAGAGUACACAGAAGUCAAUGAAAUUGAUGUCCUAAUGGAUCUUUACCAGUUACUUUUAACCAGUGCGCUCAAAAGUACUGCAAAGGUCUAUAACAUAAGGAGUUUUAUGCAAACAUGUCCAAAAUAGGAUGCAAUGCUUGGAACUUCGGCAAACCCUAAGAUUCGCGAUUCGAAUUGCAAAGGAUACAAAGAGUAGUAACGUGUUGUUAUAUCGUUCUUGAUAUAAUCGUAUUUUUUGGAGAGUAGUAACGUGUUAGCAUAAUCCCUAGAAACAGAAGUAUGUAGCUGAAUGGAGGGAUGGCAUGUUCCUCAGUGCGAGUGCAAGUGUGCGCGGUUUUAAUAUGAAAAUGAUCUGCACUGUGCACAUUUUCAGUGAGGAAUGCCAUCCCUGGCUGAAUGAACAGAUCAGUAAGCAGCAAUUUUCUGUGGCGUGAUCUAUUCAUCUGUUUUACAAGAAUGUUUGUUGGGAUUGGAUAUACAAUAUUAAUACAACAGCUAAUAAGAUCAUCAA